AGGGAAUCGGUGAAUAGGACUACGGUUCCCGGUCGACUUUCGCUGUUGAUACAGUCUUCCCUCCUGUCUCCGCCGCAGAAGUAUUUGCUCGAUGUCUAAAUCGAGGCUUCCCGCGCAACACUUUGCUGUUUGUUCACCACAGAAGUACCCGCUACUGCUGUUGCAGCAGCGGUAACGUGUGUGUAUAAUGAACUCUCAGCCCCUUGGUGUAGAUGACCAAGUAGUGCGCUCACUUUCGUUUCCGCUGACCGUUGAUGAUCUCCCAAAUCUCCGAAUCCAGAGUUCCGCUCGAAGUCCACAGACGGAUGUUGUAGUCCACAGCAGUAGGAUGCCUUGACCUCCGUCGUGGCGUCCGCAGCUCCUAGUGUUCGCGUAAAGCGAGGCUCAUAAACUCACAAUAUGUGGCGUCCUGCAGCAGCGGAGGCGGCGGUGCUGCUGUAGCUCGUAGACUUUGUAGUCUACCACAGAGGUUACACUGCUGUCACCGCUCUAUCACAGAGGUUGGUCUACACUGCUGUGAGAUCGGUAGGCCCGAGCGAGCUUUGGAAAGAGAAAUGUAGAUAGAUGUUCUUAUCAACUGACUCCCUGGUCAGGCUUUGAUGGGUGCUAGAUGAGAGUGAGCACAAGGGGCGAAGGCGCGCUUGUGUCUCAUCUCAACAACAAAAC